ACAAUGAAUAGGGUGAGGCUGUCCACAGAGACUCACAAGAGUGUGAAACAAAGAGGAAGGACACAUUAUGACUGAGCUGCGGUGGAUCUCAGAGCUUCUGUAACUGAACGGACAAUGAAGGCGAGCCCGGCCUGGAUUCUUAUUUUCUUUCAGCUGUUCGAAGCCAACGCAGAGGUGAUCUUAAAACGUCUGAUGGAGGGUCAGGCUGUGGUGAUCUCCUGCUCCCCUUGGCAGGCCCACGGAGGCCUGACGGGCCUCCACCUGUACCACCGCGGUGUCCAGAGCCAGACAACCCUGGUGUCCGUGACAGAGGCCGGUGAGGUCACGGUCGCCACGGAUCACAGAGCUCGCCUGGUGCUCCGUGGAGGCCUGAGCUCCAUGAAGGUCAACGUGACCAUUUCUCGCUUAGAGCUGAGCGACACAGGGCUGUACAUGUGGGAUCUGAGCUACAGAGACACUAACAGCUCUGAUCAGAUGAUCCUCUGCGCUCAGAAGACCUUCGUGCUGGUUGAGGAGGCAGGGAGGCCGUGCCACUGCUCUCCUGGUUACGCCCCUCUACUCUGGACCAUCUUCACAGCAGCAGGGCUUCUUCUGCUGACCCUCACCUGGCUGGCCAUCCAGAAAUGUGUGAAGUUGAGGUCUCAUCGCAAACCACAACCUCACGCUCCGAUCUAUGAGGAAAUGGGCAGGAAGCAGCAUCAGCAGAGCCCCAGAGGCCCCCAGAAUAACCACGAGGCUCCCUCGCACCUGGAGGAAGUCAACUUCCCCGUGUACGCUAACCCAAACAUCCGACAUCUUCAGGACAACUACUACGCCUGUCCCAGACAGCUCAAACUGAGAGACUGACACCAUCGGGCCAACGGUGCUGCGAGCCGUAACAGGAAAUAACGCGUUUGCAAAAAUACAAGCGCUGCACACGCUCUGAUGGUGAUUUGCAUUCAGGAUACGAAAGGAUGAAGAAAUAAGAACCCAAGAGCACAAAC